AAAAGCCUAAACAGCUUUUGGCAGUCACUGCGUCUAGUCAGUAGAGGAACAUCAAGCACAGACUUGCACGCUGCUGGAAGGAUCUAUUACAUUGAAAAAAUUAGGAGAAGGCACAGUGUGACCAGACUGCUGCCUGAAAGGGACCAGAGCUGAAAGCACUGAGGACUGUGAGCAGAGCCUUCUGAAUCAGCAGAGCUCAAGAGGAAACCAAGAUGUGGAAGAGGUCAAAGGUGACCGAUCAAACUGCCGCUGGGCAGGCGGUCGACGAUUCUGAGGGAGUUCACCCAGACGACAAAGGCAUCAAGAAGAAGUCGAAAGUGCCCGGCGUCAUGAUAACGCAGUUUAUAGAGGAACUUCCAGAGGACAUGUCAACUCCAGAUUUCACCCGCAAACCAAUUGCUCUGACUAUUCAAGAGGGUAAAUUUGCAGUCUUUAAAGCCAUAGUGGUGGGCACUCCAACACCUACUGUAACAUGGAGCCGAGCAAAUGGAGAAAUACAUUUUCACCCGGAUGUGUGUCAGCAAAAGUAUGAUGAGACAUCUCAUGAACACACCAUUGAGUUUCCUAAAGUCGCUCCAGAGGAUGCUGACACCUACAAGUGUUUUGCAACAAAUGAAUAUGGAAAAGCUGUUUGCACUGUUGUCUUGAAUGUUAUUUCGGUUGGAUUCUCUAAGAGCAAGGAACUUCAAAAGAAACCAGUAGAAGAUCCAACAGAAUUCAGAAAAAGACUUAAAAAACGUAAUCCUGAUGGAACACGUGAGGUAAAGCCAAUGGAGCCAGAGGACAAGGUCUGGGAGAUCCUCCUUAGUGCAGACAAGAAAGACUAUGAGCGCAUCUGUGCUGAAUAUGGUAUCACAGACUUCCGCCACAUGCUGAAGAAACUCAAUGAAAUGAAGAAAGAGAGAGAGGAGGAGAUUGCAGAGUUUGUUUCACAUAUCACUAAACUGAAACAUAUUGAGGUCAGCGAUGACGACUGUGCAACAAUUGAGUUGGACAUGGACCUCAAGGAUCCUACCAGCAAGAUUUUCCUGUACAAGGAUGGCGUUAUGGUUCCAUUCACCAAAGAAGACAGCGAGGAUUUGAAGCAUAGUUUGAAACAAGUUGGCAAGAAGUAUGUCUUCAAAAUUAAAAAACUAGGUUCAGAAGAUGCUGGACUCUACUCAGUGGAUGUUGAGGGCGUCAAUGUUUUCUCCACAGAUUUUAAAGUACCUGAAGUUGACUUUGCUGUCAAAAUACAAGAGGUUAAGGCAACAGAACGAGAGGAUGCCAUGUUUCAGUGUGUCCUGACAGCACCUAUGAGUGAGGUCAAAUGGUUUGGUAAAAGUGCUCCGCUGACAAAUGGUGAGAAACAUGAAAUCAUUGUGUCAGAAGAUAAUCUUAUCCACAAAUUGAUUGUCCGGGACUGUUUGCCUUUGGACGCUGGUAUCUAUGCUGCUGUGGCUGGAAUCAAAUCCUGCAAUGCCUGGCUUGUAGUUGAAGCCGACAAAGAUCCUGCCAACAAGGGCAAGAAGGCUGCUCGCAAAUCUACUAUGGCUGGAGGUGGCAAUGAAGAUGAUCUGAUGAAAAUAGCUAAGGAACAGCAGGAAAAAUAUCAGAAAGAAAUGGAAGAAAAAAUGGAACUUGCCAAAAAAGCCCAAGCAGAGAGAGAAGCUGCAGAAGCAAUUGCCCGAGCAGAGGCUGAAGCAGCUAAAAAGGAAGCAGCUGAAGCCAAAGCAGCGGCCAAGGCAGCUGCAAAGGCAAAGAGGGCAGCAGCUGGCAAGGAUGGAGCUGCAAGGAAAUCUAAGAAAGGUGCAGCAGGUGGUGCACGCUCUGCUGAGGAUGGUGCUGGAGGAGCUGGAGGAGCUGGAGGAGCUGGAGGUGGUGCAGGGGGUGAUGGAACUGAGGGUGGCAAAGGUGGUGCUGGUGGUGGUGCUGGUGGUGGUGCAGGAGGAGGAGGUGAUGGAAGUGAAGCUGGAGCUAAAGGUGGAGCUGGAGGCAGAGCUGGAGGUGGUGAAGGAGGAGAUUUUGAUGAAGAAUACGAUUCCUUUGAAGAUUCUGAUGAAGAAUUUGAGGGAGCAGAAGGAGCAGGAGGAGCAGGAGGAGCAAGAGGAGCAGGAGGAGCAGGAGGAGCAAGAGGAGCAGGAGGAGCAGGAGGAGAGGGGGGAGAGGGAGGAGAAGGUGGAGAAGGAGAUGGAGAAGGAGGUGGAGAAGGAGGGAAACGCAGGAAACGUGCGAGAGAGGGUCCACUUGUUCCAGAUACAGUAAUAGGAGAUAAUAAUGAUGAGGAAACCACAAAUCAACAAGGUGAAAAAUCUGGGAAAAAAGGAAAACGUCCCAAAAAGAAAAUUGUGGAGGUUGAAGAACCUGUUGUUGCAAAAAACACAGAAGCGAGUGGUGCCAGUGGUGAUAAUGGCACCGGGCCAACAGCAGGCAGUGAUGAAUCUGCUGAAAAUGGUGAGGGUGCAGACGGUGGUGAGCCAGCAGCAGCUGGCAAGCACUCAGGCCGUGCACGGCAAGGCCCAUUGAUCGCGGAGACAGUUAGUGACCCAGGAGUUCACUUUCAUGCUGGGCUUUCUGACUGCAAAGCCAUUAUUGGAGAAGCAGCAGAGCUGGAGUGUAAAGUGAGCAGUGAAGAGUGUGAGGGAAUCUGGUACAAAGAUGGAGAGGAGAUUAAAUCAUCUGAGGGCAUAACCAUUGCAAAAGAUGGCUGUUUCCACAAGCUGAAAAUUCACAAAGUCACUGAGGAAUUUGCUGGAAAAUAUAAAUUUGAAGCAGAUGGACGGAAGACAGAGGCCUUGAUUGUUGUUGAAGAUCCACCAAGAUUUGAUACUGAAGAACUGAAGACAUUUAAAACCCCUGUAACCGUGAAAAAAGGACAAAAAGCUGCCUUCAAAUUACCUUUUGUCGGACGGGAUCCUGUAAAAAUUCAGUGGUACCUUGACGGCGAAGAGCUUUCGGAUACAUCACAUAUCAAAGUAGAGCACUCAGAGGGUUACACCUCUCUGCUUCUGACAAAGCUGCAGCGCAAGGACAGUGGUGAAAUCAAGAUAAAACUUAAAAAUGAGUUUGGCACAAUUGAGGCCUUCAGCCAGAUUGUUGUACUGGAUAAACCCACUCCUCCAAUGGGACCUCUGGAGAUUGUUGAAGCCUCGUCCUCUGUAAUUGAAUUCAAGUGGAGGGCCCCAAAAGACAGUGGUGGCUGCAAGAUAAACAACUAUAUCCUUGAACGAAAUCAAGUUGGCCGCAACACCUGGAAGAAGGUGGGGCCAAUCGGUCCAGAUGCCAAAUUCAGGGACUCUGAUGUAGACCACGGCAGGAGGUACUGCUAUCGCAUCAGAGUGGAGACAGAAAUGGGCACGAGUGAGCUGAUGGAAACAGAGGACAUUCAAGCCGGUACAAAAGCAUACCCUGGACCUCCAUCAGCACCAAAGGUUGUCAGUGCCUUCAAGGACUGCAUCAACCUCUCUUGGUCUCCUCCAGCCAACACUGGGGGAACCAAUAUUCUGGGAUACAACCUUGAGAAACGCAAGAAGGGCAGCAACUUGUGGGGUCCAGUCAACCCACCUGAAGAGAUGAUAAAAACUAAGGGAUUUGCAGUUAAAGAUGUGGUUGAGGGCAUGGAGUACGAAUUUCGUGUGGCAUCAAUCAAUAAUUCUGGAGCGGGUGAAUUCAGCACACCAUCUGAGUUUGUAUUUGCCAGAGACCCUAAAAAGCCUCCUGGUAAAGUCAUAGACUUGAAAGUGACAGAUUCCACCUACACAACUCUGUCCCUGUCUUGGACCAAACCCAAGGACAUUAAGGGGGUUGAGGAUGAAGCCAAAGGAUAUUUUGUAGAGAUCAGGCCUGCAGAAAACACAGAAUGGGAUCGCUGCAAUUCAAAUGCUAUAACCAUGACUUCCUAUACAGUGAAAGGCUUGAAGUCAUUGGCCAUGUAUUGGGUUAGAGUCACUGCUACUAAUGAUGGAGGAGAGGGAGAGACACAGGAACUGGAUAAUUACAUCCUUGCUAUGCCACCUCCUGUGAGACCACGGUUAACUGAUGCCAAAAUCAAGAGUUUCAUGGUGGUGAGAGCAGGAAAUUCUGCACGAUUCAACAUUAACUUUGAGGCCUCUCCUUGGCCUGAUAUCACCUGGCAGAAAGAUGGAGGACCAGUGUCUAAAAAGGUGACCAUCAGCAACACAGAGGGCACAUCCCAGCUCCUGAUUACUUCUGCUGAGCGCUCAGAUACUGGAAUCUAUACAAUCAUUGUCAAGAACAUUGUUGGCCAAGAAACAUUCAGCAUUGAAAUUAGAGUCACAGAUGAGCCUAAGCCACCAGGUCCUGUGGAGGUUGAUGAAAACGUGCCUGGCACAGUGACCAUUUCUUGGACCCCAUCUCCAGAUGAGAAACGUGAUGACAGGCUGCACUACAUGGUGACUAAACGUGAUUCAAAUAAAAGACAAUGGCACACUAUUGCAGAUCGGAUCUUCAACAAUAGAUUCACAGCCUGCAACAUAAUGCCCGGCAGAGAAUACCAGUUCAGAGUCUAUGCAAAGAAUGACAUGGGCUCCUCCAAACCGUCUGAAUCACCAAAGUGGCUGAUUUCUACCAAAAAAGAAAAGUUUACUUUGAACAUGCCGGAAACAAAGGUCUGUAAUCUAGAGUGUCCUCCCAAGUUCAUUGUUCCAUUGAAAAUGCACACUGCUCCUCAAGGGUAUGAAUGCUACAUGAGCUGUGCUAUAAAAGGGGACCCAACACCUCAUGUGACAUGGCUCCGCAACAAUAUCAGUCUGAAUACCAACACUAACUACUUCAUCUCCAACACCUGUGGAGUCUGUUCUCUGCUCAUAUUGAGGGUUGGACCUAAAGACACCGGGGAGUACAAGAUUGUUGCAGAAAACUCUAAGGGGAGGGCAGAGUGCUCCACUAAACUGACAGUCAGAGAAUAAAUGAACACAAUGAAGAUGGCAGAGUUGCUCUAAAACCCUUGCAGAAACAAGUUGUUGGUAUUUCACAUACUGCAUCUUAAGCACACGCUGUCAAAUGUAGAAUGUAAUAUUAUUUAAUACCGCCUGUGAUAUCUUCAUUUUAGGUUAACUAUUUGAUGAACAAAUUCCAACAAAGGCUGGCAUUUAUUUAAAGUUAAACUCACAAAAAGGUCUUAGGCAUAUGAAAAUUGCUGGUAAAAAAAAAAAAAAGCCACAAUUAUGUUUGGUUUCUUUAUAUUUAAAGUGCAAUCUGAAUAAAAUGGAAGCUUGGAAUAAGAAUGUGCAAUUUUACACAUUUUAACUGUAAUAACAUGCAUGUUUAACAGCAAAAUUAUUUACAUUACUUGACACUGUAGAAGUGAUCUUUUUGAUUUUAAAAGUUCUAUUUUAAGGUGUUUGUUUAUAGCUAAUGGAACUAUCUGCUUGUGUCUUUCAAUUUAUUUUUAGAUGCAGGUUUCUGUUCAAGUGAUUAGAUUUUUGGUUGCAAUUGUUAGUUUCCCUUAAUCUCCCCCUCAAUUGAAACUGAGAUGAGAAAAAAAAAAAAAUACUGACAUGAAAAAUGUAUGAUACUGACUGUUACAGUCUGUUCUACAUAUGACAAUAUGUGUGGGUUUGGUGUAAAUAAAUAUUUCAUACUGCU